AUGACGGAAGAAAAGGUCGUACCAGGGAAGCUGGAAGUCGCGCUCUUUCUCGCCGCAAGCAAAGGCUACGAUACGAUCGUCAAACUCCUCCUCAGCACCCCCGGUGUGCGGCUCGACUUUAAAGACGAAGAUGGGCGGAAUGCGGUCUCCCUAGCCGCAGAGGGUGGACAUGAGAGCGUUCUCCAGAUCUUGCUCGAGACCGGGCAAGUAGAUGUGAAUGCGGUGGAUACUAAAACAGGCCAAUCACCGCUAUGUUGGGCAGUUAAAAAUGGACAUGCAGGCGUUGUGAGCAAAUUACUCGCUCUUGAGAAUGUCGACCCGAAUAUUCCCGAUGCCAACGGCGAGACGCCCUUGUACGCGGCUGUGAAGAGUGGAAAUGGGGGUAUAAUCGAACAAUUACUCGCGCGGGCGGAUCUCAAUGCAAACACGCCGGACGCUGCUGGACAGACACCCCUAUACUGGGCUGUGAAGAACGGAAACGAAGCGGUUGCGGGGGCGUUACUCGGACGCGCUGAAGUGGACCCGAACGCCGCUGGUGCCGAUGGACAAACGCCGUUGUAUUUGGCUGUCAGGAAUGGGCUCGAAGGGAUUAUGAAUCGUUUGCUCGCGCGCGGUGAGACCAACCCUGACAUCCCCGACGCCAAUGGCCAGACUCCCUUCUACUGGGCUGUGGAGCAGGGAAACCAGCCGUUUGUGGUGCAGCUCCUCAAGGUGAAUGCCGACCCGGACGUCAAGGAUAAUCAGGGACGGACGCCGUUGCUGUGGGCUGCGGAGAAAGGACACGAAGAGGUGGUUCGAUUGCUGAUCGGGUCGAGGAGAGUCAAUGUCAAUGCUACCGAUGCGGUCGGGAGGACGCCGUUGUGGUGGGCUGCGAGGAACGGUCAUCUACCUGUGGUCCGACUGCUCGUGCGCCAUGGGGCGGAUAGAGAAGCGCAGCCUUCACCUGAUGACGAAAAGGGCCCACAUGGCACGCCGCUGUACCAGGCCGGCAGAAAGUACCAUGUCGACAUAGUGAAAUACUUGAUCAAGAAGGGCGCUGACAUCGAUUCACCGUGCGGAGAAUCCGGCCUCCCGCUUCUGUUGGCGUUGGUGGUACACGAUCGCACGAAGCGCGGGUUGAAAAUGCUCAAUGUGCUACUUGAGAAAGGCGCCAAUGUCAACGCGAGAGAUACCAAAGGGAGGACUACGCUUCACAUAUUAGCAAAGGAUGGUGAUGUGGAUCUGACUGCCCUGUUCCUGCAGAGAGGCGCACAGGUGAAUGCUGCCGCCAAGGAUGGUACAACACCACUGCAUCUAGCCGUGAUUGAUGAACACGACGAGAUAGUCGAGAUGCUCCUGGCCAACGGCGCAGACCCCGAAGCAGCCGACCACACGGGAGAUACACCCCUUCAUCUCGCCGUGUUAGGAGGCCACAGGCGACUAGUCGGCUUACUACUGGAGAAAGACUGCGAUAUCAACGUGACCAACCACUGUGGGGAAACACCACUGCACAAGGCAGUAGAACGCGGUCAUCGCAAGAUGGUGGAGUUUCUUCUGAGGAACGGGGCGGAACUCGAGAUGCAGGACGACUACAAGAGGACCCCGCUGCAUCGAGCAGUCAAAGCGAAGAACCAUGUCAUGAGGUUGUUGGUGAAUAAAGGCGCCAACAUCCACGCGACAGAUAUGUACGGUCAGACCGCACUACACAUCGCCGCCGAAGCUGGACUACGCGACGAUGUGCACUUUCUCCUGGGGCACGGCGCAGAAGCUGAAUCGAAAGAUCACAAGGGUCGGACACCACUAGAUCUGGCAGCCAAGGCCGGUGAGGUCGAGGUCGAGGAGCUUCUUCAUGAAAUGAGUCUUGUUGUCGUCGACGGAUCGUCGGGAAGCGAAGAGUCCGGGGGCUGA